AUGGCUCGUUUCGGCGACUCGGUGGCUGAGAUGCAGGGAGCUGGGGACGGAGGCUCGGAGCUGGGCAGGAGCCGGCAGGAGGUGUCGGUGCCGGUGGGGUCCUUGGCGAGCUCAGUGGCAGGUUCGGGACCGGGCUCGGGGCAUGGCUCGCCCGCGGGCCCGGGCUACAGCCAGUCGAAGGCACAGCGAGCCCGCACCAUGGCUCUCUACAACCCCAGCCCCGCGCAGCGCUCCUGCCUCAGCGCCAACCGCGCGCUCUUCAUCCUCCCCGACAACAACCCGCUCCGCAGGUACGCGCGUAAACUGGUGGAAUGGCCUCCGUUCGAGUACAUGAUUUUAGCCACAAUCAUCGCAAACUGUAUCGUUCUGGCACUUGAACAGCAUCUGCCCAAAGGAGAUAAGACCCCCAUGGCUACAAGGCUGGAAGAUACAGAGCCAUACUUUAUUGGAAUAUUUUGCUUUGAAGCUGGAAUCAAAAUCAUUGCUCUAGGAUUUGUAUUCCACAAAGGCUCGUACCUGCGGAAUGGCUGGAAUGCCAUGGACUUUAUAGUGGUGCUGAGUGGGAUCCUGGCCACGGCUGAGACGCACUUUGACCUGCGGACACUGCGUGCUGUGCGGGUGCUGAGACCUCUGAAGCUGGUGUCUGGCAUUCCCAGCCUGCAGAUCGUGUUGAAGUCGAUUAUAAAGGCUAUGGUGCCACUGCUGCAGAUCGGACUGCUGCUCUUCUUUGCUAUCCUCAUGUUUGCCAUCAUUGGCUUGGAAUUUUACAACGGCAUACUACAUCGCACUUGCUAUUCCAACGACUCUGCCAGAGAAGGCCUGGAGCUGCCCUUCCCUUGUGGCACACAGGGACCGGCCCGACUCUGCCCAGAUGGUAUGGUGUGUGAAUACUGGAUUGGACCCAACAACGGAAUCACCCAGUUUGACAACAUCCUCUUUGCUGUGCUCACCGUCUUCCAGUGCAUCACCAUGGAGGGAUGGACCACCAUCCUAUACAACACUAAUGAUGCCUUGGGCGCCCUGUGGAACUGGCUGUAUUUCAUUCCCCUCAUUAUCAUCGGCUCCUUCUUUGUGCUGAACCUGGUUCUUGGGGUGCUCUCUGGGGAGUUUGCGAAGGAACGAGAAAGAGUGGAGAACAGGAGAUGCUAUCUGAAGUUGCGCCGGCAGCAGCAGAUUGAGCGAGAGUUGAAUGGUUACCGCGCCUGGAUCGACAAAGCGGAGGAGGUGAUGCUACUGGAAGAAAAUAAGAAUGCUGGCGACGUGUCUGCUCUGGAAGUCCUUAGAAGAGCCACGAUCAAAAGAGGCCGGAUGGAGAUGGUGCACACUGAGCCCAGCGAUGAGCAUUAUACUGAGAUCUCCUCUGUGGGGUCUCCGCUAGCCAGAGCAAGCAUCAAAAGUAUCAAGAUGGCUGAAGGUUCUUCUUACUGUCAACGGAAGGAACGAAUGCUGCGUAUCUCUGUGCGCCACAUGAUCAAAUCCAACACGUUCUACUGGACGGUCCUGGGGCUGGUCGGCUUAAACACUUUUUGUGUUGCUGUCGUCCAUUACAAUCAGCCUGUGUGGCUCUCCACCGUGCUGUACUAUGCGGAGUUUACGUUUCUAGGACUCUUCCUAUUGGAGAUGUUCCUGAAGAUGUAUGGUCUGGGGCCUCGCCUCUACUUCUACUCUUCCUUCAACUGCUUCGACUGUGGGGUGAUUAUUGGCAGCAUAGUUGAAGUGGUCUGGGCUGCUAUUCGUCCAGGAACCUCAUUGGGGAUCAGUGUUCUCCGCGCAUUGAGGCUUUUGAGGAUUUUCAAAAUCACCAAGUAUUGGGCUUCGCUACGCAAUCUAGUUGUGUCAUUACUCAGCUCCAUGAAGUCCAUCAUCAGUCUGCUCUUCCUCCUUUUCCUCUUCAUUGUGGUCUUCGCGCUGCUGGGGAUGCAGCUCUUCGGAGGCCACUUCAACUUUGAAGACGAGACGCCACCGACCAAUUUUGACACCUUCCCAGCUGCCAUAAUGACUGUCUUUCAGAUUCUGACGGGUGAAGACUGGAAUGAAGUGAUGUACAAUGGCAUCAGGUCUCAGGGAGGAGUGCGGACUGGCAUGUGGUCCUCUGUGUACUUCAUUAUUUUGACUCUUUUUGGGAACUACACAUUGCUGAACGUGUUUCUGGCGAUCGCUGUUGAUAAUCUGGCCAAUGCGCAGGAGCUCACUAAGGAUGAGGAGGAGGCCAAUAUUCAGAAACUUGCUCUGCAAAAAGCGAAGGAGAUCAGCCCCAUGUCUACCCCCAACAUGCCUAUCACUGAAGGGGAGAAGCGGCGACGUAAGCACAUGUCCAUCUGGGAACAGAGAACCACUCGGCUCAGGCGGCACAUUCAAAACAGCGGCCGUGAGACUCAGUUCCCUGAGGAAGAGGGGCGGCUACCGGCCCGCAGGUAUCGCAGGCGCUAUGCCAAGAUCUUCGAGGCGGAGAGCACUAGCGGGCUGGAAGCACAAGAGGAGGCACAGGAUGGAGAGAAUGCAAAACGAGACGGCUUCAAGAGUCAGUCACUUCGCAAUAACUGGCAAGACAUUCCGGAAAAUAGGAGCACAUCAGUGAAAGUGAAUGGGGACCAGGAGUAUCGGCAGCGACAGUCAUACCGGCGGGCAGUCGAGAACUCUGAGAAUCUGAGGGUAUAUGGAUACCGGAGCCGGCGCCGGCACCGCUCCCUACACAAAGAGAUCAGGACUGGGCUGGAGACAGUGGAGCCAGGGUUAAACCGCAGGAAUGGGAGCCGUGGAAUCGGGAAGGAAGUGGGCCCAGGACAGGGGGUCACUGCUGCACAACACAUUAAAGGCCCUGAGGAAUACAAGCAGCAAUUGUGCAGUGAGAACCGGCAUGCACGCUGGAGUAACCACAGCCCCAGUGUGCAGGCUCCGAACGACAGCACCGAUACAGCAGUCAGUGAGAACGUGGACAGUGUAAAGAAUAGCAGGCUCAUCCGGCAGUCCCCAAAUGAGGAGACCAGCCUGCUAACCCUCCAGUUGGGCCCAAAUAACAGCCAGAGCUCCCCAGGCCCACCAGCAGAGAUGGGGCUGCAACAGACUGCGAUUGAGAUGGAUGCUGCAGACACACAGACCCCGAUGGACUCACUCGUUGCAUCAGUGAAUGAUGUGAAUGUGAGGGGCAGAAGUGGGGCAAAAGACCCAAGGAGGAUCCGACCCAUUGUUCCCUACAACUCCAUGUUCAUUUUCAGCACCACUAACCCACUUCGUCGGAUGUGCCAUUACAUAGUGAACAUGCGCUACUUUGAGAUGUGCAUCCUGCUUGUGAUUGCAUCGAGCAGCAUUGCCUUGGCAGCAGAGGAUCCCAUCCACAGCGACUCCAAGAGGAAUCAGAUUCUGAAGUACUUUGACUAUGUUUUCACUGGGGUCUUCACUUUCGAGAUGGUGAUAAAGAUGAUAGAUUUAGGUUUGAUAUUCCAUGAAGGAUCAUACUUCCGAGAUUUAUGGAAUAAUCUGGAUUUCAUUGUGGUGAGCGGUGCUCUCGUCGCGUUUGCAUUCACGAACAUUGUAGGGGGUACGAAGGGGAAGGAUAUCAAUACAAUCAAGUCGCUGAGGGUACUGCGAGUCCUUCGCCCACUGAAAACUAUCAAGAGGCUUCCCAAGCUCAAGGCGGUGUUUGAUUGUGUAGUCACAUCUCUGAAGAAUGUCUUUAACAUUCUGAUUGUCUACAAACUCUUCAUGUUCAUCUUCGCUGUCAUCGCUGUCCAGCUCUUCAAGGGCAAGUUCUUCUACUGUACUGACAGCACCAAGAUCAUCAAGAAAGAAUGCAGGGGACAGUUUGUUGUGUAUGAGAGAGACAGAAAGGAGGUACGCGAACGUGAAUGGAAACAAUAUGAUUUUCAUUACGACAAUGUGCUCUGGGGAUUGCUGACCCUGUUCACCGUUUCCACAGGAGAGGGAUGGCCCCAGGUGCUGCAGCAUUCGGUUGAUGUGACACAGGAAGACCAAGGGCCCAGCCAGGGGAACAAGAUGGAGAUGUCCAUUUUCUAUGUGGUGUAUUUUGUAGUCUUCCCUUUCUUCUUUGUUAAUAUCUUCGUGGCUUUGAUCAUCAUCACGUUCCAGGAGCAGGGUGACAAGAUGCUGGAGGAAAGCUGUCUGGAGAAGAAUGAGAGAGCCUGUAUUGACUUUGCCAUCUGUGCCAAGCCACUGACUCGCUACAUGCCCCAGAACAGGCAGAGCUUCCAGUACCGCGUCUGGCACUUUGUGGUGUCACCCUCCUUUGAGAACACCAUCCUGGUCAUGAUUGCCCUCAACACUGUAGUUCUUAUGAUGAAGUACAACUCGCCAUCACCCACCUAUGAGAGUGCUUUAAAGUACCUGAACAUAGCUUUCACUAUACUCUUCACCAUGGAGUGCAUUCUAAAGAUCAUCGCCUUUGGUUUUCUGAAUUAUUUCCGUGACUCCUGGAAUGUUUUUGAUUUUGUGACUGUGGUGGGCAGCGUGACUGAGAUCAUCGUCACUGAGUGUAAUUUAAAGUUUGUGAACCUGAGCUUCUUGAAGCUGUUCCGUGCCGCACGACUCAUCAAACUUCUGCGACAAGGCUACACAAUCCGAAUUUUGCUCUGGACUUUCGUGCAAUCCUUCAAGGCCCUUCCUUACGUCUGCCUCCUGAUUGCCAUGCUCUUCUUCAUAUAUGCAAUAAUUGGCAUGCAGGUGUUUGGAAACAUUGGCCAGGACGACAGCACCCCCAUCAACCGGCACAACAAUUUCCAGACCUUCUUCAACGCAUUAAUGCUACUUUUCAGGAGUGCAACAGGCGAGUCUUGGCAGGAGAUCAUGCUGGCAUGUCUGAGCCACAAGUUGUGUGAGGGGACCCGCGAGGCUGCCUGUGGCACCGACUUUGCUUACUUCUACUUUGUGUCCUUCAUCUUUCUCUGCUCCUUCCUGAUGCUGAACCUGUUUGUGGCUGUCAUCAUGGAUAACUUUGAGUAUCUGACACGAGAUUCAUCCAUUCUGGGCCCACAUCACCUGGAGGAGUUUGUGCGUGUCUGGGCAGAGUACGACCGCGCUGCCUGUGGUCGAAUCCAUUACACUGACAUGUAUGAAAUGCUGACUCUCAUGUCACCACCACUGGGCUUGGGGAAGAAAUGUCCUCCGAAAGUUGCAUACAAGAGAUUGGUGCUGAUGAACAUGCCGGUAGCUGAGGAUAAAACCGUUCACUUCACUUCCACACUUAUGGCAUUAAUCAGAACCGCUCUUGAAAUCAAAAUAGGGAAAGGCGGUGCAGACAAACAGCUUCUGGACACUGAGUUGAGGAGUGAGAUUAUGACAAUCUGGCCACAUCUUUCCCAGAAAACACUUGAUGUUGUUGUUCCACCACAUAAAUCGUCAGAACUGACAGUUGGGAAGAUUUAUGCGGCGAUGAUGAUUAUGGAUUAUUACAAACAGAGCAAGAGCCAGAAACACAAGAGUCAACAGGAGGAGCAGAGCCGCACACCGAUGUUUCAGCGGAUGGAAGCUUCAUCCCUGCCUGAGGAAAUCCGUUCCAGUGCCCAGGCUGUGCUGUUUGUCCCAGAAACUGGUAGUGAUGGAGAGAGUCGCAGUGAGUUUGCCCCCUUAGUACCACUGCCAUCACCACUGAUGGGUGAAUAUCAGUCACACGUGGGUCACGGAAGAGGAGGCACCAAGGAAUUACACAUCUAUCAGCCUCAGGGAUUAGAAACUUUAAAAGUGAAUUAUCCUCACAGUGUUCAUUACCUACCUAUUGAGAGCCAGGGAAGAGCAGUCUCCAUGCCUCGACUUGAAAUGGAUUCUGAGUCAGCAGAUGACCGUAGCCCGAUGAGGCGAUCUUUCUCCACCCUGGCUGACCAACGAUUGGACGGCCAGUGUCUUCACCAGUACACGCUGGAUCGAGCCGGCCCCGAGCCUGGCAACAAGAGGCAGCAUCGGAGCCACAGAACCGGGCACUCAGACAACCGCUCAGCAAAUACAGGGCUGAGGACAUCUCUGCACCUCUCUGGGGAGAUCCCGUAUGCAGACCGUGAGAGAGGUCGAUCCAAGGAGAGGAAGCACCUGCUGUCACCAGAGAGAGUAGUGAGCACCGUACAGCAACGCCCACACUACCCAUUGUCCCGCAGCCGCCGCAUCUCUCGCUCUCCCAGCGAAGGCCGCACACAAGUUCCCUGCUGUGGGAGUGAGAGCCCAGGUCCCAGCAGCCCAGGAGCAUUCAGACAGGCACGUCGCCACCUUCCACAGACUCCCAGCAAGGUCCGACCACACAUUUCCUACUGCCCCAUGUUGCAGACACCCAGCCUGGCCCCAGCUCCCAGUCCGGAGUUAUUGGCCACAGGAUGGCGAGUGCAGGGGGGCAGCAGGAGCCCGAGCCCACACUGUGGUCCGCCUCGCUACAUCUCGGAGCCCUCACUGGCACUGCAUCAGGAGCCGGGCAGCCUGGACUGCCCGCCGGGGAUGGAAAAUCUGACCUUUGAAGCUGCCAUAGCCUCCAGCCUGGGCCGGUGCCACACCAUCUCCUCGGCACCUCCGCUCCGGCACAGCCGCCAGCUCCCUCCAGAGCAGCAGCAGGUCUGUGUCGGUGCUGAUGCCGACCCAGCCAGCGACACGGAGCAGGAUGAUCGCUGCUAGCCCACACCAGAUGUCAGUGUGGCCAAAUUGUACAGAGCUUGAGAGAUGUGCACAGACUGCCUGAGCCCCAGCAUAUGGGCUCUUCCGAUCAUUGCCAGCGGCCGUAAGGUCCACAGAUUGUAUUGUGUCCCCAAUAUUGUGCACCUGGGCCAGCUCAGAGGUCAGACAGGACACGCAAGGUAUAAGGGAAGUGAUCCUGGACUGGGAGUGAC